AUGGAUGAGGAGGAGAUCGACAAGGCCGUAAUGGCCUAUCUAAGGAAGAAGGGUUUUAAGGAAGCGGAGCGGGUGCUGCAAGAAGAGCAGAACCGGGUCUCCUCGGUUGGUUCCAGGUCCGACCCCGAAAUCGCGAAGCAGAUCCUCACCUUUGCCGAGUAAGUCGUCACAUUCUCCGCUAAGCGUCGUUAAUUUCUUCGGAAUGCUCUCGGUGGAUUUUCCGCGGCCGAGUUGCCGUUUGAGGGUUCCACGUGAGUAUCGGCGUUGUCCACUGCCCUUCUGAAUCAUUCAAUUGGGACUGUGAUUUUCUACGAUCCUCACUCUUUCUUGGUAUAUACCAAGAAUUGUAGGUGCGGAUUCAAUUUUCGCGCCAAUGAAAGAUUCUGGGCUGUCAAAACUUCCUGAAUUGUUUGAAUAUCUAUCGCACCCAUUGAAGGAAUGUGCUUUUUACGGUUCAAUGCUAGGACUCACAGUGACGUUUUUAAUCAAAGGGGACGGACGGUAUCGAAAGCAAAAUUUGGCAAAUGUGUCGUUCAAUAGGUAUAUGCGUGUAGUUGAUAGGUGCCACCGUUAGAUGUGUGAGGAACACUCACUGACGCACUCUGGUGCGGUGAAAAGGAAUAUUUCUUCGGAAUUUCACUUCCCGUUGACGUUGUUAGGAUGCAUUUUAUUGAAGAGUACAGAUGAACAAUAAUUUGUGGAUUCCUAUACAAAGGUUUUGUUGAUGUUCUCGGGGUACUCCUUUAGUUUUCCCUUCUUUCUCAUUUGGCACGCUUGCUAAUUUUGGGUACAAGUCGGCCAUUUUGGCUCAGUGGUGGACUUGAAGGACAACUGAAAGCCGUUCGGAGGAUCAUAAAUCAUUUCAACACUUGAGCAAUUGAUUGGUUGGUAGGGGAUUGCGUGAGCUAUUAGUUUUUCACCCGCCUUCUUGGAAUUAUUUACAUUGAUUUCUGGUCGGUGUUGAUAUCUCUUGCGAAAAAGAUGGCUGCUGAGGGACAGGCAACAUUUUUUAUAAGUUGAUCAUGGAGCGAAAAAAUACAUUAAAACGUAAUGAAAAUAAGGAGUAACGAAAAAUUUCUGAAUAGGAAGCUUAUCUCUCUGUGACGUCCUCACGGAAUAUUUAACGCUGAAAAUCUGUUCUUUUUCAGAUGAGAUAUAUUUUUCUGUUGCAUGGCUUUUGCUGUGAACUCAUUUUGUCAUGUUAUGGCCUUUAUGAUAGGUCUGGCGAUGGGCCUUUGCGAUACCAUGAAGGUUACAGCAAACUGAGGACAUGGUCUUAUAGCUCAUUGGAUUUAUACAAGGUAAUUCAUUAUGUUUAACUAAAUUAUUCUUAACUAUGGGAAUAGAGGCUCUGUGUUGUGAGCAAGGCCUUCAGUGGGGGUCUGGGUCUUGAGAGAGAGAGCGAGAAGCCAUCAUAGCCCAUCCAUUCUUCAACGAUAUUCGCUUGAAUUCCGCAAUCCUAACACCCAAACUAACCAUCAACCCUCAUAUCACAUUCUUUCUCAGAAAGUAAUGUUUAAUGUCAAACUCCAAAAAUACCAUAUUUUAAAUACCAUCAUUUCUAGAAAUAGCCUGAGAGUGCGGUUCUCAGCCUCUCCAAGGAAAUUCCAUGCAGUCAGGCAGCCUCUCAUGCAAUCAGUAAGGCUUCUUCCAAACCCAUCUAGUUGUAUAUUGGUAUAUACCAGAAAUAUUUUUCUUCAGUUGCAACUGGACCAUGGGGAUUAGGAGGGCAUGUUGGUAUCUAAGUUGUUACAGAACCAUUUUGGGGGGGGGGAGGGGGGGAUUGAAGCCGGGUAGUUGUAGGAUUGUAUGGAACUUGCUUUGAUAUAAACAUUCACAGUUAAUUUUUUUUGGAUACCCGAGUUCUACAUGAAGGGGUUAAAUAAUCGGAAACUUUCUGGUCUGAGUUGAUGCGUAAAUUUUUAUUCCUGAAAAAUCACAAUAAAAAUAUUGUUUUAUUCCCCAAAUAUUUGGGGAUACAAGGGUUUCUGAAAUAAUGCAUGGCUAUUUAUUAGUAUUCAUUUCAUACGCAUUUGGUCUUGUAUGGCCUCUUUCUUUAGAUUUAUGGAAGCUCGUUACUAUUUUAAUCUCCUUCAUUUGAUAUUUCUAAUGUGAGCAAUAUUUUGAUCAUGUUUUGCGAUCGUAUCAGGAAAUUUUAGAAAAAAAUUGGGCACAUUUAUUUCAUCCUAUUAUUUAGUUAAUGAAGAAACAACGAUAAAUGCUAUUGCCUUUGAUAAUUCCCUUGUUUUUCGUCUUUUAUCAUCAUCAACUCCCGGUACAAGUAAUCCUGAAUUUAUAUUGUCCUCAGGAUGAGCUUCUGCGUGUUCUAUAUCCAGUAUUCAUUCAUUGUUUUAUGGACCUUGUUGCGAAAGGGUAUGUGCAAGAAGGUAGGAUGUCCCUCUUGUGUUGAUCUAGUUUUAUUUAUGAGUCUGUAAGUAGUUGUACAAUAAUUCCACUCACAAGGCCAUUCGUUACUCUGAAUUUCCAGCUCGGAGAUUUUUUAAUUGCUUCCGUGAUGACCAUGAGAUGAUGCAUAAACGAGACCUUCAAAAGUUCGAAGGCAUACUCACUCCCUCACAUUUGGAGGUUGUUGUUCAGUUUCCAUUUUAUUUGUUGGUGUUUUCUAUUCAUACCCGUCCCCUGUUGACAUUUUUUUUUGGCAUAACUGCAGGAAAUGGAGUUUGCUUGUGCUUUGAGGCAGAGCAAAGUGAACAUAAAAUUGUGUCAGGUUACUGUUGUUUCUCAUUAGCUUAAUUUUCAUUACGAGUGGGUGAUGAGAAAUCAUUUUGAUGUCAUUUUUUUUGGAGUAAGAUGACAUAUAUUAUGUGAAGUCCGUGGCCCUUCUCCUUGGACAAGAAAGGAAAGAAGAGCCUUUUCUAUCAUUAACCAGUCGAGUAGCAUAUCUGGAUGUAUACUUUAUAAAAACUGAAAAAUGCCAGUUUAACUUAGACAUUCUAAACAGAAGAAUAUACGACUGUAUAUAUGCUGGGUUGGUUAAUGGUAUGCCAAUUUGACAUCUCUAUCGGGAAGAUUCUAUGUCCAUUCAUUGACCAUUUGUCAAGUUGUUAAUUACCUUUUAUUGGAAAACAUUAUUUUGCGUAAACUUUGUCGUUUAAGCCACUUUCGUCUGAAUGAAGAGCUAAAUUUCAAACAAAAAUAGGGGGCAGUUCCAAUACUUGGGCCUUUGGAUGAUCAUAUAUUUAGGUGGGUGUUUCUCCUUGCUCAAUUGUUAAGCGUUUUCCUCCUUGUUCAUCCUCAGGUGAAAGAAUUCAACUAUAAAUCCUUAUAUCUUCUUUUUAUGCUAGUGAAUUUGUAUCAUCCACUUUCAAAAAAUAAAAUUGUGUCUAGAAAUGUGAAUGAUACAAAUUGUGAAUUUGUUUCAUUCACAAUUCUCUAUUUGAUGCCUUGGGUCUAGAAAUGAAGUGCAUUUGUCAUGUGAAUGCUUCAUUAGUUAUUAUUAACAACUCUUACCUCGUGAAAGCAUAAUCAGAUUCCUGUUCACAAGACUCUUAAAAGCUAAUGAGGGCCUAUUUUGAACUGCAGUAUUCAUAUGAGUUACUUCUGCAAUAUCUCCAGAAGACACAAUCCUUAACAAUGCUUGGGAUAAUUAAUGAGCAUAUUAAUUUCAAAGGUAAAUGCCUUCUGAUCUCUAAUACGAGUACAUAUGUUUCCUUUGUUCUCCCAUUUCUACACUUUUAAAUCUUAUUUUCUAUUUCCGUUACUGAUAUCUUGGCAGUUUCUCCUGGACAUCCGAGCUCUAUUUCUGAUGAUGCCGAUGCGGUAUCUCUUAUUGGAAGCAGUCAGGAUAUUGCCAAACAAGUUAAUCAGAAAGAAGUGCAUUGGGGGGUGAGUAAUGGUUGGUAGCCUGCCUCCGAAUUGUAAAGUAAAAAACCGCUAGAUCUAAAUCGAAGCAAAAUUUUACUAGUUUGCAUCCUUUUUUGUCUGCUAUGCUGGGGAUCUAACACAUUGUUGUAAGGUGGGGGUGGGGGGGGGGGGUCUGUAUUUUCUUGUUAAAUUUUUCCUUCUCUCUCUCUCUCUCUAUCUCUCUCACUCACUCUAUUCUACCAUUUCAAUAGAGUCUACUGAAUCUCAGGAAACUCUGGAUACUAACUUGCUUUUCCAGUAAAAUACUAGUGAAGAGUUGUUCGUUGCUUUUCUUUUUUAUUGUGGAACACGUUCUUGUCUGUAUGACACCUUUUAUUGUGAUAUUUUAUUUCGUAUUCUUUUAUAUGAAUUAGUGCUUCGAGUUGAUGGAUUUUUCUACCUUUCGGAUUUUAAAAAUUUGAGUACACCCGUUUCCUUAACAGUUGCUCGAGGAUUCCAUUGAAGAACGAUUUGAGAAGCAUGGGGGUCUACUUUCAGAUUCAGAGAAAGUGGAUGGAGAGAAUAAGGAGGCUGAUGGGGAAGACAAGGUAAGGAAGAACCUUAAGAAAAAAGUUUUACGAUGCAUUUCUGUUCCUGAUGUGUAUGUAAGUGUUGUAAAUUUUUCAGUAUCUCAAACCAGAUUUAAGCAGACUGGUGUUCCUUAACGCAAGUUCUUGUUCGUAGUUACACGGGUUAAUAUGGUAUUAUGUCUCGGUUUGGAGAUUAACUUUUUAGAUGUCUAUUGUCUAGGUUGAGAAGCAUUAUAUGUAACGAUCCAAUACUUCCACUUAUUCUUUUUCAUGCCUGGAUUAGUCUACUGAAAGAUGCAGGUUCUGUGAAAGUGAAUAUCUUUGUGAAUAUUAAUGGUGGGAACAGCAAAUUUUAGAGGAACAUUUGGUGUGAAUAGGCACAAAGGUAUAAUGUCUUUGAUGUUACAUUGCAUGGUGCAGGACAGGAAGGUAAUGUUUUGGACGACUUUAAAGGUUAUUCUUUGCUCAGUCCCUGGAUGGUUAGGUUUUGUAGGAAGACCUUCACAGUUGACUACGUAUUUACUGAAUGUGUUGGGCUGUAAAGCUUUGAAGUUUGAGGAUGGUGAUCAGAGAAGAACGGAUGGAUAUGUAUUUAUGUGGAAAGGGUGUGGCGUAUCAAUCCUCCAGAUACGAAGUCUCUGUCAUGUAUGGAUCAGUUUUUUGGAACUUUAGAUGAUAAUGUGGUGCUGUUUAUGUCGAAGCAAAUGGGAGGAAAUAUAUUCAUUACAGAGAGGUACCUCUCAAGCAUAUAUUUUUGGAGUCAGUUGCACAAUAUGGGAGAAUGUGGUACAGGUUUUAACACCUUGGCAACUACAUUUCUCUGGGUAUCUUUGAAUAAGGGAACCAAACAGGUUAGUCAUGACUUGCCGAAUCAGUCAUGUGAUCAAAGGGGAAAGCCCUAUACCGAUUUUAAAUUAAAAGAAAAGAAAGAAAUGGCAUGCAGUCGGGUGAUCUCACUUGGAUUUGCUUAAUCCACCAUGGAUUUGAUAUAUGCCACAAAUAGAACUCGAACAGGAUAAUAUGAUUAGAAAAGGAAGAAGGGUUCACCUGAUUCUAGUAUGGGCAUCUGGAUUAAACCACUGCCUGGGGAUGGAGGAGGAAGAUUAUGAGAAGAAGAAAAUAAGAAAAAAUAUGUGAGACGAGGAAAACCAUGUCUCAUCAUCACCUGUUCUUGCCACCGUUUGUUCCCUGCGGCCAAUUUUAGAGCAAAUUGGUGGGCGGAUUUUUCUAAAUGGUUUGUAUCUUUUAGGUCAAUUUUUUAAACAAAGCUAUUGGCAUAAACUUUCCUAAGAUUUUUUUUAAUUUAUUUCUAGAUUAUAGACUUCUUCCAUUUAUCAAUUUAUAUUGUAUUUAUAUUUUAUUUGUUUUUGUUAAAUUAAUAUUAUAAAUUAUAUUUUUUAUAUAAAUUUAAAUUUGAAUAAUAACUAAAAGUUUUUUAGCAUGUAUAUCCGAAUCGUUUUUUUCCCCUCAGAUAAGAAGACAACAAUGGCAAAGUCAUGGGAAUGAUGCAAACAAAGCUUGAGAAUGUGCCAGGUCUGUACUUAUUGUAAGGUCUCUUUCCAGAGCAAUGUGAUCCAAGGAAAGAUCAAAAUCAAGAUCAAGAUAAGGGCGCACGAUGUAGAUGAGUGAAGGCGACUGAAAUCAUAGUUUUUUUGAACUGAAUAUGGACUGGAAAAGGCCGUGGAUGGGAUUUAGGCCUUUAAUAAUGAGGAUCAGUGCAGUUGGCAGUUCCAUCGUUGUAUUAAACCAAGGAGGACUUGGGCGUCUGUCUGUUGAGCUCACCGUGUGAUUAUACUUCCCCACAUGCACGUCUUGCACCUCAAUCAUUUUAUGACAACCAUUAGACGUACCCCAGCAUAACUUAGGACAGUUUUAUUCUGGGUCUGAGUUUAAGAAUCAUGUCUGGAUACGUUGUUAGACUCAGCCCGUCUCAAAUAAGAUUUUUGCUGGGUCCAACCUUAGAUAAUAAGGUCGGCCUGGAAGGCCAGAUGCAUCCUUCCUAUUGACCCAAGAGGUUUUCUCUUAUCUUCUUCUCCUCCAUCAAUGUCAUUCUAUCGUUACCUCUCCCAACUAGGAUAUGUACCAUUCCAUUUCAUCUAGACACCCAACUUUUACAUACCUCUUAUUUAUUUUAAUUCUCUUCCUUCUCUACACCUCCAUUCCAUUCCUCGCCUUGCCUCUGUUCAGUUGUAAUGGAUCCACUGUCUCGUCCCAUCUCCCUCCAUUUUCUUGAUUGGGUCAUCUGUCUCGGGGCCCUUUUGUCAGGCCUGGCGGGUAUUUGGCCAUGUAUAGUUUAUUGUUGUUCCAGGUUAGAAAUUCACGGACAAGUGGGGACUGUCAGCAGGAAGAUUCCAUGUUGUCCCUCCUUCCCUUUGUCCUCUAUUAGUGGAUCGUUCAUCUUGUAUCCAUAACAUUUGUUGUACUGGGUUUGCUCUUCAUCGGAGUCCUUUUCCAUGGACUUUCUUUUGGUCCCAAGGGGUGUUGGGGCCUUAAUAAAAUGUCAGGCUCAGGAUUGGCUUGGGAAAUCUGGGCCUUUGGAAAAUCCACUCCUAUUAGUCAAAUAAGUGUAACAAUAGUAUUUUUAAGUUGAAGGGUUUUGUAUAGCUUUGUUAAUUAUUGUUUGCGAAAUUCCCAUUAUAAUGCGAAUGAGUGUUAUCAAUGAGGAAUUAUAACAAAAGUAACUUUCAACCACUUUCCCUACUCCAGAUGCCAAUUACAAGGGGUUGAGGUCACGGGCUAAGGCACCAAUUCGUUUGUUCGUUUCUUCUUCGUCCUUUUCUUCCCCCUUUUUCUUUUCAUCUUCCAACCUAUUUUCAGGGGACUUUCAACCACAAAAAGCCCUUGAAAAUGACCCAGUCCCCUGAAAAUCUCUUGUGCUUAUAAAAGCCUUAAAAAAAAUAGUCAAACGUGCAUUGUUCCAACUCGCGUUACUUGCAGGAUUUGGAUGAAUAGGUUCUGAUCUGGUUGGUUUUCAGGGUUUCCCAGUUGAAGCUAAAGUCCAUGUUGAUCGAGUCUGUUUUAAACACUGGUUCUGCGCAUCGUUUUCCUUCCAGUUUUUCCCUGAGGAUGUAGUUAUUGGGAUGAUAUGCUUACUAUGAUGUUUAAAGAUCCUUAGGCUGGGCAGCAUUUAUCAUUCAGAUCAUGUGAAUAGAAGAUUGUUGUUGACUGAUGCUAUUUCUACUUAUUUUCUUUACAGAAAAGGCCCGUUGAAGGGAAUAAACAGGGUGCUUCUGCCAAAAAGAUGAAAAAGGACAAGGUGGUUGGUGCAGUAGGGAAAAAUGUGCGAUCCGAGACAACCACUGUCUCUGUUGCUCCUCGUGUGAAACCUGAGCUCAAAUUGCCUGUAAUGUAUGUCUCACUUGUUUAUUUCUUACUGUUUUUUUCACUAGAAAGUACAGAGAAAAGGACUGCUGAGAAGUGGAAAUGUUUGUCCUCAUCAUUACUUUCCUUCUUAUAUUUGUCAACAUUGCUCGCUCAUGAAAAAGGAAGUGAAGAUGUAAAGCCAAGUUUCAUGAUAUUCAGAGGAUUCAUGGGCUUGAAGAUCUGAUUUGAGUUGAAUUCAACAGAUAAAAUGUUGAUUUGUAGAAAAAGAAAAAUCCACUCAUCUUUUUGGCGUGAGUUAAAGAAAGAUAACUUUUGUACUUUCUAUUCUUGUCAUGUCACGUCGCUUCUUUCUUGUGUUUCUUGUAGUUCUCUCUCUCUCUCUCUCUCUUCCUGGUUCCCUUGUCUAUUUUAUUGUACCCCAAGGGUCUUUACCUUUUCUUAAAUUUUAGUUUCUGCUGUAGAAGAAGAUUUUAAUACCAUUUUCCAUCUCACUAGACACCAUUUUGAAAUGAUUUUGGCCAAAUAGUAUCUGACAUCGCAACUUGUGCGAAAAUGGCUAUGCUUACUUUCAAAUACCUGGGAGAGGUAUCUCUUUAAUGUUGAAAUAAAAAGUGAUCAAAGUAUUGUGAUCCUCUGGAAACAUUGUUGUGCAUAUCAGCAUAUGCGAUGACGGCCUUAUCAUUUGCUCUAUCUUGUCUUGGUGGAGUGAUUCAUUUUUUAUUAAUGGAGUGCCAUUCUAGAAUUAUAUAUUUUUUUGUUCACUAUCUCAGGCCACCAGACGAAGAACAGUCUAUUCUUGAGGACUUACGAAAUCGUGUACAGAUAAGCAGCUUGGCGCUGCCUUCUGUCAGUUUCUACACAUUCAUUAACACUCAUAAUGGGUACACUGCCUUACAAUUUUACUGAUGCCUUGCUUGGCUUCUAUAUUCGCAUCUUUAUGUAGCAACACAGAUGUUUUCUACAUUAUCUAAUGCAAAAUUCAACGUUUAUUUCUAGCUUAAACUGCUCUGCUGUCUCGCACGACGGAGCAUUGGUUGCUGGCGGAUUCUCUGACUCGUCAUUGAAGGUACAGUUUAUCUGAAUUUACUGUAGGCUCCUUAGGGUGUUUUAUUUCUUUUUUUUGGUUUAAUCUUUUGCAAAUCCUUACUUUUCCUACUACUUCUAAAGUUUUUUCUGGUCGAUUACCUUCUCUGAUCUUCACAGGUCUGGGAUAUGUCAAAGAUUGGGCAACAAGCUGGCUCCAGUAUGUGUUAAAAUGCCCUCAUCUGUUAUCUUUCGUUUAUUGCACUUCUAAUUACCUCUUUUUUUGGCCAGCUCCAGGCCCAUUAUUUUAGGACCUACAUGAAUUCUAGAGCUGGACUCACAUUCUUUAUUUUGCCAUUUGCCUUGGACAAAGGUCUUAGGGUUGUUCCAGACGCUACAUAUGUGAGCAGUCUUCUGCUAUAGGCGCAUUAUGUGUUUACCUAAGCUCAAUAAGCUUUGAUGUUGGAAUGGAUUUAAGACAAGUUUUGAAUGUUGACAUUAAUUGUGGCAGUAUGGUGAGAACAGUUUGGUGCAUAUGACCAAAUGACUAUUCGUUGAGAAGUGUGUUGUCGUUUGAGUGAAUGUAGUAUUAUUUUUCGUUGUUCUUAGCUUUGUAUGUUAUGCUGGGGAAAAGGGUAUAGUAAAUAUGGGACAAAUAUUGACUUUGCUGGUUUUUUUUUUAAUGCUAACUCGAAUGAGAUUCUGAAGAUACUUUUACAAUCAUUAUCCAGCUGACUUUUUAUGGCUACAUUUGUCUAAGAAUGUGGUUUAACCAAGUGAAACGUUUGAGAUUUCCAGUUGUGAUUGCGCCAUUUUCUUUCAGAAAACACUUCUAAAAUAACGAUACUGAUCUCUGUUCCUAGUUCUUAUGUCCCUUUUUACCUGGACGAUUUUAUCCAUGAAUGACGCGGGGAUUUUCAAAGUGGCUUAGACUGGACGGGAUUUGAUUGAUCCAGUAUACUUUUGAUCAAUUGACAUGAUUUUCAUCAGCCAUUUUCCAGUACUCACGUGGAAGUCCCAAAGCAGGGGUGCAUAAAUUAAACACGUUUUCUGAUACCCUGCACUAUUCUGAAUUAAAUAAUUAGAAUCAGAAGGAAAUUAUGUUUCUAAUAAUGUGGCUGCAUAUGACCUGAUAUCCGAAAUUUUUUUAAAGGCGGAGUUGAGUUCACCAGGAUUACCUGGUACAUUGUGCCCGUCCUGAUUGACGAUAUACAGGUCAAUCCACUUGGUUUCCUUUGGAAUAUUUUGUCUUGUAUUUGGAUUAUUCUCCGCCCCCAGUAUGUUUUGUUCCCUGGAGUAAUUUGGCAUAGAAGUACAUCACAUGCAAAGUUUUUCGGGCUAUUCAGUUGCCAAUUAACAUUCCAAACGCUAAAAUAAAUUCAGUGUUUGUUCCAACGAAUUUGUGUGCUAUUAAUUAGAUUGGAGUUUUUCUCUCAACGACCUAUCCUAAAUUUUUUAAAGAAAUUCAAGAGACAGUAUUCCAUCAAAGAUAGUUACGAAGAAAACCAAUAUCAACGUUUUCUUCAAUGUAGUAUAUCUGAUAAUGCACAGUGAUUUGUCCUGUGAAUAGGUGAUGGUUAUUCGUAUUUUCUACAUGCAUUAAAGAGAUAAUCUUGAUUUUUUUUCUGAAGCAAAGAGAAAUUUUGUUAAAUAUGCUCUAAGGUUGCAAUUUUUUUCUUGUAUUUUCAGUAAACACACAGGGAGAAAAUGAGCCCUCUCUGAAUGGACAUGUUCUGGGAUCAGAUGAGAGGAAACAGCCGUAUACAUUGUUUCAGGGUCAUGCUGGUCCUGUGUAUGCUGCGUCAUUUAGUCCUAGAGGAGAUUAUAUCCUUUCUUCUUCAUCAGAUGCAACUAGUACUUUUCUUCCCAUUUUUUUUCUUUUUAUUCUCUAUAAUUUGUUGUACGUUUCACGGUACUACAUAAGCUCUCGUGCUUUUAUGACAGUUCGUCUGUGGAGCAAUAAAUUAAACGCAAAUCUUGUUUGUUACAAGGGGCAUAAUUACCCAGUGUGGGAUGUUCAGGUGAGAUGAUGGAAGUUUUUCGGUACCCUUGGAUGGAUGUCUUUCCUUUGCAAUGAUCAGUGUGAGACAUGAUGAAACGAUUAGAUGACAGCUUUCUCUCUGUAAACCUUUUGCAAAUAAGAAGUAUGGUUCUGGAUGCAUUCUGUUUGCCUUUCUCCAAUUACUUGAUAUUUGGGGGUCGCUUAAAUUUGUCUCCAAUUUCUUUCGUUUAACCUGGUCCUGAGUUGGGAGGCAAUAUUUUGACCAUUUAAGUGGAUCUGAUCCUAAAUUGGCCCAAACUGAACUAGUUCCAAUUCGAGAUUAUAGAUCCUGGAGAAACUAAGAGAAACAGGUGAAACUCAGAGGUAAUAUAAGAAAACGUAAGAUAGGUGGACAGUGGGGUCAUGGAGACUACUAGUCAGUGGAUCAGGGCCCUGGAAAUGGCGCGGCUUAUUUGGCCUUCACUCGUUUUUUGGCUGAUUAGAAACUCCAUCCUCCCACCCCCUAAUUUCUCUCCCUCUUCUCUCUCUCUCUCUCUCUCUCUCUCUCUCUCUCGCUCUCUCACUCUCACGGCCUGACAUCUCUAUCAUCUUGUUUGUCAUGUUCUUAGAUCAUGGGGAUCAUAGUAGCAGUAUGCAUGUCACGAUAUGGGGCAAUUUUAUAUUAACCUAAUAUCUACUUUGUUAUGCCCAACUUAUUGUGCUAUCUGCAAUUAACGUUUUCCUUUUCAAAUUUUGAGAACAGUUGGGGACUGAAGCCAUAAUUAGUUCUAACCUCAACUUUUUUUUCGAAAACCUGUUUGUAUAUCUUGUGCCUAAAAGUGAUUCCUUUGGAAGUUCUUCUUGUACAUUAUACAUGCUGCAGUAAUUGAGUGAAUCAAACACGAUUCAUUAUAUGGUAAGUGCUAUGAAAGUGUCCAAACAGAAGUUUUUUCUGUUUCUUUCUGGUUUCUCAAUGGUGAGAAAACCUAAGUUAUGUAAAAAAAUAUGGCAAUCGGAGGUUGAAAUAUUAAAACGUGUUUACACGGAUUUUCCCCUGAGGACUUUCUUUGUGGCUUUGCAGAAUGUUUGGUUAGGAUGUGUAUCUCCGAAGGAUAUGAACCCUUUUGAUCUGAGGAAUAGUUUGCUACAAUCUUGAUACCUAUCAUUGUAUGUGAUGCGUGCAUAUUCAAGAUGAAAAUCGCACGCCUCUUGAAGGCCUGUGCGGAUUAUACUAAUUAUUCAUCCUAACUAGUAAGGGUUUUUUGUUAUUGUUAUCAUCAUAUUUAGGAUUCUAGUAAUUGUUUUUUUCAAACUGAAUCUCUGAUAUUCAUAUUUAUGUCACGUUGAAAAUGAUUUUUUCAAACACAUGGAUUGAAUCUUGGAAAUUUAACUACAUCUGAUAGAAUGUGCAAAAAUAUUACGUAGGAGUUUUACCACAACAACUGAAAUGAUAUUUUUAUGUCUAGCUUUUCUGUUAGUAGUGUGAAUGGGAAAUGACACUUGCUAAAUGUUUGUGUUGGUAGUAAGGAGCUAUUUGUCUGGAAAAAGUUUACCUCUUCCUGCUUGACGUGAACAAAUUAAAAUCAUCAAAUCGCUCUUUCCUUUUUCUAUACAGUUAUUAUAUUAUCCCCUAUUUUUUCUUAAUAUUUUUUAUGUCGAAUAUUUCACUAUUUUGUGUCUCUGAAGACAGCUUGUUCAUUUGGAUUUCUUUUGAUGGAAUCAAAUCUGAGACAUCUAUCUUAAAUUUUUGUCAGUUUAGCCCUGUGGGACACUACUUUGCCAGCUCUUCACAUGAUCGGACAGCUAGAAUUUGGUCGAUGGAUCGGAUUCAGCCAUUGCGAAUAAUGGCAGGACAUCUAUCUGACGUUGAUGUAUGCAUAUUUUACUUGUUUGAUUUAUGCUCAAUCUUGUUCAAAUGAAAUCGAAACAAUACAUUUUCUUGGUUAUUUUAGUGUGCACUGUCUAGGCUUAGAUGCCUCAAGCCACUUUCCAUGCACAGUUUCUUUUGCUUCUGUGACAUAUAGCUGAAAUGAUAACGAUUAUGACGCACCUUUUUAGGAACUAUAUCACUAGGCUCUAGUUCUGGAAUUAUAAAAAUGUUAUUACUGAGAUUAUUAAUGUUGCUUACUAUUAAAUUGGCGUCCAUAAGUUAUGAAAUGGUUUUUAUUCUUUAUCAUCGUGUUGUUACGAAUUGUUUCAUGGCAACAUAAUACAUAAUGAUAAAAAUAUUCUCAUAAUGAAAGUGUCAUUUGUGAAAGAAAUUUAAAGUUCUUUGAACAUUGUUAAUGCAUGCUAUUCAAGGGGAAAAUGGAACGACAGAUUAGUUUAAAUGGAAUUCGAAUGCACCUCAGAAAAGAAAAGGGAAUCUAAAUUUUAGGAGGAGGGGUGUUAGCUGUCUGUGAAGGUUAAUUGAUAUCUGGUUCUCGAAAGUUACACAGAAUGCUACUUAAAUCCAGCAUUUUGGGAGGAUCCUGUCAAGGUCAAUCAUCUGUUUCUUGGAAGCUAGUGCAAUGGAUGAAAUGAAAGACACUAGACUGCCCGGGGUCCUUUACAUGUCCACUAAGAUUAUGGACCGUUGUAUAGACCCAGAUGGGAACCCACUGAGCUGUCCAUCAUGGCUGGAUUGUUUUCCAUGGUUGCUUGGCAUGCACAUCGGUGUACCUCAUUGCCAAAUCUUCCCACCUUGCUUGUGACUCAUUUGUGUCACCGCAAUGAAAUUUGAGUUAGCUUAUUAACAGCAUACAUGAAUGAAAAAAAAUAUGUUUUUUAUGGAAACUAAUGUCAAAGAUGAUUUAUUUUUUUCCUUCCCAAUAUUAUAUUUAUUAAUGAUGAAUCGUAUAAAAUAUGCCCCUGACAAGCCUCCAAUGUAAUCCUGGUGCUCCAAUUCUACCUCCUUAGGUGGUGAGAUUUUGAGGCUUCAAACUGAACGGAAGGAGAGAGAAACGAGGUUGUGCCCUAGGGUAGAGAAAGAGAAGAAAAAAAAAAGAGUUCACUAGUGAUGGCAAUGACAGUGCUGCGUAGCAUCAGUGGUGAUGAAUAAGAGUGGUGACAGUCAACAUGGUGGUGAUCAUUCUAGAAAUAGUAAAAAGAACAGGUGGCAGAAACUAGAAAGUUAAUGCAAACUGCCGGCCCUGUCCCAGAUGAUUUGUCAUACACCCUUUUUGGUGUAUCUAUUCAUAUAUAUAUGGAGAGUGGAGGACAAGUAGAUGGAAUCGAUGGGCAUCUAUUGCAUAUAAUAAUAAAAUUGGGGAAAUUUCAUAAACUUCGCCCUUCAUGAUGGGUAUGCUCCACAUAAUCUUGACUAUGGAUGCUGGGCUUCACACGUUUUAUGAAAUACUAGAUCGACUGCCAUUGAGCAGAUCCAUAGUGACCCGAACGGAGUCAACUUUUGGUCUUAUAUUCAUUCAUUCCUAGCAUUUAUUUACCAUAGUACAAGCAUAUAGUUCAGGUUUAUAAAUUAUUUCUUGCUCGUGGAAUUGCAUCUGAUAGCGUGAUCCAUUAAGUGUCUGUCUCUCUCUAUUUAUCUCUCUCCUCUAUAAAACCCAUUUCUUCCUCAAAUCUUAGGAUUUAUACAGGAAAUAUUGCUCGUGUCUUACUCUCAUGCUACUCCACAGCAUGAUCUGAAGGGCAUAAGCUAACCCCCAUUAAAUUUUUCUCAUCAUUCAGUGUGUUCAGUGGCAUCCGAACUGUAACUACAUCGCUACAGGCUCCAGUGACAAAACCGUGAGAUUAUGGGAUGUCCACAGCGGCGAAUGCGUUCGGAUUUUCAUUGGCCAUAGAAGCAUGGUACUGUCAUUGGCCAUGUCUCCCGAUGGACGAUACAUGGCCUCUGGGGACGAAGAUGGUUCCAUCAUGAUGUGGGACCUCUCCACCGGCCGGUGCAUCACUCCUUUGGUCGGCCAUACAUCUUGUGUGUGGAGCCUUGCUUUCAGGUAAAGAUUGGUCAACCUCAUCUUGAAUGCUGUGAAGCCCUACUAGGGUUGACCCCUCCUACUUGCUUAUCUAAACUGUGGCGUCCUCUCUGUGACUGCUCGCAGUUGUGAAGGCACUCUCCUUGCUUCUGGGUCCGCUGACUGCACUGUGAAGCUGUGGGAUGUCACUGCGAGCACGAAGAUCUCCAAGACAGAAGAGAGGUAGGCCUAGAAAGAUUUCCUUCUCCAGGGUAGAUUCAUCCCAGCUAUCAUCUCCUCUCCUCCCACUGCAGAAAUUCACAUAGUCUCGUCCCUGAACAGUAGAUCUGGAAGCGGCAGCAGAUUGAGGUCGUUGAAAACGCUGCCCACAAAGUCAACUCCCGUGUACAACCUGCGGGUAAGUAAGAAGUCAAUCUGCAGUUGCAUCUCCAAGGAACAAUAUCCUGAUUUCCUCCUCUGGUUUCUCACCGGCAGUUUUCUCGGAGGAAUCUGCUAUUCGCCACUGGGGCACUUUCAAAGGGAGUGUGA